UCCCGGUCCGUGUUCUGUGCUCUGAAUCGUCCAAUCCAGCCAGGCCUCGGGGAGUGACAGCUUCGGCGAAGCAGGAACGCGGCAGCAGACAGGGAGAGAUCAGAAGAAGAGAGGUAUGGGGAGGGGCCGAGCACCGUGCUGCGCCAAGGUGGGGCUGAACAGGGGCUCGUGGACGCCGCAGGAGGACAUGCGCCUCAUCGCCUACAUACAGAAGCACGGCCACGCCAACUGGCGCGUACUGCCCAAGCAAGCAGGUUUGCUGCGGUGCGGGAAGAGCUGUAGGCUGCGGUGGAUCAACUACCUGCGGCCGGACCUAAGGCGCGGCAACUUCACCGCUGAGGAGGAGGAGACCAUCAUAAAGCUGCACGGCUUGCUCGGGAACAAGUGGUCCAAGAUCGCAGCGUGCCUGCCGGGGAGGACGGACAACGAGAUCAAGAACGUGUGGAACACGCACCUGAAGAAGAAGGUGGCGCAGAGGGAGCAGCAGGAGGGAGGCGCCAAGAACGACGGUGCGCCCCUCACUUCGUCCGCGGCGUCCUCCUCAACGACGACCAACAACAGCUCCGGGGGCAGCGUCGCCGGCGAGCAGUGCGGUACGAGCAACGAGCCCGAUAUGAUCGACAUAUCUCCCUUCGAAUCAGGAGACAUCGACAUCUCGGACAUGCUCGUGGACGCGCCCGCGGGGGCGUUCCCCGCCGCGGCGCCAAUGCCGCCGUCGCCGUGCUCCUCGUCCUCCCUAACGACGUGCAUCGGCGACAUGGGGGAGCUGCUCGAGCUGCCGGAGAUCGACAUCGAUCCGGAGGUCUGGGGCCUCAUCGACGGCGACAGCCCGGACGUGCCGGACGUCUCAGCCGCGCGCUAUGGCGAUGCAACAGUGCCAUGUACGCACAACGCCGUCAGCACUAGCGAAGCAGAGGAGGCGAACGAUUGGUGGUUGGAGAAUUUGGAGAAGGAGCUGGGCCUGUGGGGCCUUACAGAGGAUAACAAGGCCCAGUAUGACCUACUGGAUCAGAUGGGCUCUGCGGGCCCACUCGGCGCCGCGGAUGGGGACCCAGUCUCUACCUACUUCCAAAUCGGGCCCAUCAAUGCCGUUCUGCUAUGAGUAACAAGACGAAUGAAUCCGUCCCGUCCGAUUAAGAAUCGAAGGCUGAUAUUAAGAACGAUCUGAUCGGACGGACGGCAUCAAUCGUUAUAUUACUAUUAGCAACAGCUACAAGAGGAUAGAGCAAGCUGGAGGUGUUUGAUGCAAAGCCGAGUCGUUUGUUUGGUACACAUACAAAAGAGGGUGACACCAGUGGCAAAUAUCUUUGGUCAAUUAGAAUGCACAUACAAAAGGGUCAAUCCAUCCCAAAAAGGCCAGUAGUGAAAAACAGAAGUAUUUCCUCCUAUAAAAAAUACAAAAAUAUUUUUUAUAUGACACGGUUUCUAAUAUAUAUCUUUGACUAUUAUUUUCUACUAUAAUAUAUUUAUAAAAUCCAAAAAAUAUGGGUUAUGAAAGUAUUUUUUGAGUCAAAUAUACAUAUAUAAUUUUUAUGUUUUCAAACUAAGUAUUUUAAAAUUGAUCGAAACUUAUCCAAAAUAUCAAGUAUUUGUGACAGGAGGGGUACUCUUUAACUGUUUAGCACAGAUUUAGUUAAGCUUUGAUUGGUAUGGAACAACAGUGCUCAAGAGCCAACGAGAAGUGAUGUACACCAUCGUGUCGUUUGGUUUGGUUUGUGCAAUAAUGAAUAUUACAUGUCGUCAUCGUGAUGUAAGCGCUUGAUCAUCCGAGUCCUACCACUACCGACCAAAUAUAAUGCCUUUUGAGAAUCAUUACCGGGUUCCGGGUUCUGAUUAUAUUUUGGCAACCUUUUGCUUUCGAUAAUGCGAUGCAACCUUUUUAUUAUCUUUUU